AUGGCGAAAAAGGAUAGUAACGUCAUCUUUUAUAUGACUCUGGUAAUUAUAGCCGUUUGUGGCUUUUGCAUCUGGAAUUUCUCUGGCUUUAAUCAUGAGGACGCCAAGUUUAAUAUGAUCUUGGUGGCAUUUUUAGCGGUGACCCUGAUACAGAUUCUUGUUUUUACGCCCGUCAAAUUCAUGAUAAUGUCUAUCGAUGCCGCUUGUUGGCCAGACCAUCAGGAACCUAUUACUCCCGACGAAAAUUCCAAGGUUGAGACUUUUAUGGACAAGCUAAGACUUAGACUUCGGUCUUUACGGAGUGAGCUAAUGAUUACGGAAAGCCAUCGAAAUGAGAGGAUUAACCUUAAGUACCGCCUCAUAACAGGAGAACUUUUACUAACCGGCAUGUUAUUCCUGAACUUUUUCGUCAUGUCUUUAGUAUUAGUCGACCAGUUGCUUUACUAUAAUACGGAAGCUAUACAGACUCUAUUCGGGACGAACCACAAAUAUACGCUUGGACUAUCAAAUUUGACAAUCCUGAAUGAUAUAUAUACUUUUCUCGAGUAUUCGCUGAUCAGACCCUUUACGGAUGGGAAUAACACAGGUCUCGGAGCGCCUUGGAUUCAUGCGGAGCCCGUCAGAUUGCUCGGCGUGGUGAGAUUAAGACAGCUAAGGACAGAAGAUAGGUUCAUAGGUCUGAGUGGACCUAUUUUUAGCAACAAGGACUUUUCAGAAGGGUGGUCAUUGCCUUAUGAAAGGGUCCCCUAUACGGAUAAAUACUGGCCGAUCUAUGAACCCUGGGUGUCGGUGGUCAAUGGCUUUCAAGAGAAAAUCUUGGGCAACACUCACCAUGGUCAUUUUAUUACUUAUCCGGAAAUGGCGGGAUACCAAGUCUUGCUCUCUGAUACACGCAGUAAAAGUCUGAUAAUACUUGAUUAUUUGAUGGCGAAAAUUUGGUUGGAUUAUAAUACGCGUGCUCUUUUUAUGGACUUUACUUUGUACAAUGCAGAUGCGAACAUCUUUACUAUAUGCACCCUGUGGAUAGAGCAAUUUCCUUUCGGGAACACUUACGCCCACCUAGACAUCGAAAGUGAAGUUUUUGUAGAGCAAAUGCGACAGUUUUCGAUUUUUGGAAUGUUAACUUUAUUCAUAGUCGCUAUUGUGUGGCUGAAGUUCGCCAAGGCAUUUUUUGUCAAGGUCUGGUACGAUCCUCGUCUUUUGAAAACCCUGUGGAUCCAGGUGGAUGCACUGAUCGUGGUACUCAGUCUGAUGGUUGUGGUGAUUAUAUCGAUUCGAGAUAACUUGGUUCAGUCGAUGAUCAAACAAAUAGAAAUCUCCGUGAUGGUUAACUUUAUAGAUUUUCGUGAGCCGGCUGAACUUACUUACUACGCUGAUAUUCUGAAGGGUUUCGCCAUAGCUCUGGUCACCAUGCGACUUUGGAAGGUAUUGCAGUUUUCCGAGACCUUUCAGCUUUUCACCAAAACAAUUUCAAUGGCUUGGCGAGCGCUUAUUUGGUCGAUGGUGAUAACCAUCAUAUUUAUAGUCGCCAUUGCCCUUGCCACUGUCACGAUAAAUGGUAAUUAUAUCUAUAACUUUAGGGACUUGACUAAGGGCAUCAUAUCGGUCAGUUGUUUUGCAUUUGGCUACACUGAUAAAGUGGCCCCACCAGAUUUAUUUAACGGUGGAGAGUUUUUGGGCAUCAUCUUAUAUGUUAUAAUGGGCUUUGUGGUCAAGUACUUGCUAAUUAAUUUGAUUGUAUCCAUGAUGAGGGAUCAAAUGGCAAGCGCCAAAGCGAAAAGGGAUAGGAAAGUACUGCAUCGGAUAUCGUUUUGGGAAUUUCUUCGCGUGGAAUAUGCUGGUUGUAUUAAUAAUUUAUUAAAAGUGUGCCGUUUAAAAAAAAAAUACAAGCACAAGAACCGAACAGUGACAGAAAAUAUCGAACGAAAACUGAAGCAUAUCGAACGGGUGGAUAAAUUGAUCUAUGAGCGCAGAGACGAGGAACUGAUCCAGUUAAGAUAUAGGGAGCGUAUCGAGCGAACUUUAACUUUGGGCGCAAUUCUGCAGACGCAAAUGGAGCUUAUUGAAAGGCUAAUGUUCGGAGAUGAUGAUGGAAAUCUACCAAGUUUGGACGUAGCUGAAGAAAAUGUUUCAACAACUCAAAAAGCCUAA